UGUAGUUUAUGUUUUAAAUUUAGUCGUUAAAAAUAAAUGAAUAGUAGGUUAUAUAUACGAAUUGAAAUGGGUAAAAUAUGAAAGAUUAACGCGAAUGUUGCAUCAGGAUUGAUAGGAAAUUUUCUUCCCAUUUCAUCGUUUCAAAUUUCUUGUAACAAUGUAGAAACAGAGACUGUAACUUGCUGUAUUAUUUAUUUAAAGAUCUUAUUUACAAGAUGAACACGUCAAGAACAGCUGCUGUGCGUGAGAGAGAUCAGAAGACUAUAUUAACAGACGACAUGCGUCGACAGAAGAAAACUUCAGCUUUGCUUUCGGAUAUACUUGAUACACACGGUCUCAAUACAUUUGUCUCUGAUAUCAAAAGAAAACACAUACGUUUGGAAGAAUUCACUCAGACUUUCCUAACUGGAACAAGGAAUAUGGCUAGUGAUGGUUGUGCCGAAGGAACCGAAGUUAAAGGGAGUGAUUCCGAUGUCAUGGGUAUUAUACAAUGCGUUUCAGUCGUGGAACCACACGAACAUGAUGUAUCAGAUGUACCGAUUGAAUUAGUUAUGGUAAAGGAUGGAUGUGACCCAGGCUAUGUGAAACUGGAAGUUAGAAAAUAUGAUUUUGCGUCGGGUUUCUCGUCGGAAGAGUCAAUAUUCCUAUUUUUCUUCAGAAUAAUCAUAUCAAAAUGUGGAAGUAAACAGUAUUUUUCGAGUGAAAAAUUUCAGAAAAAUAUCAAAGUGUAUGGGUAUACUAUGCCAGAUAAUUUCACAGACUUAGGGAUAACAGUAUGUGGCCCGGCACACAAAAAUAAGACGUUGCUAGGUGAAGUUGAUUACGUUAGGGCAUUCGAAUGUCGCAGCUGGCCUAAACCUGCACGCGAUUGGCUUACUCGUCCAAGAACGUACCAGUGGCCUAGUGCAGAACUUUUGAAGAAGCUUCCAGAUAAAUGUCAAUGCUAUGUUGUUCCCACUGGUGACGAAUCCUCAACGGACGCAGACAUUCAAUGGAGAGUUUCGUUUGUCUCGAUCGAACGUGAGCUUGUCUGGCAUAUGAAUGACACGCAAUUAAAAUGUUUUAUAAUCUUGAAGAUUUUGUUGAAAAGUAUCGAACAAAAUUUGCCAGAAAAUACACUGAAAACAUACCAUUUGAAAAACGUCAUGUUUUGGUUGUUAGAAGAGAUUCCAGCUGAGAAGUGGAAUAAAAACACGCUAAUGUCAAGGGUGCAUGACUCUUUACAAAAACUGAUACACUAUGUAAGAGAACGAGCUCUGCCGCAGUAUCUAUUGCCAGAAAAUAACUUGUUUAAAAAUAGGUUAUUGUCUGUUCAUGAUAUUCGAAAUACAAUAAGUUGCCUGCAAAAUGUGUCCGAAAAUGUUUUACCAAGGGUGCGAGCGGGAUUACAGUAUAGGAAUUUGCCAUUUGAAGUUGCAAUGGACAAAAAGUCCUGGUACAAUGGUUUCCAAGUCCGUGCCAACAAUGAUCUCGGCAAUUUUAUCAUAUACAUCAGUUCGGGCGUAAGCUCAUCUAGGAUCCGAGAAUACAGUGAUGUAUUCAUCCAUCAGUUUCCUGAUGAAGCUAAACAGUUUUUGCCAAGUAUAAAUUUGGCAAUCGCAAGAGCUAUGUUCAUCGAACAACUGCACUCCAAUAGGGAUGAAAAAGUAUCUAGACGUAAAAUCGAUAAGUAUCUGCACAAAGCAUCAGUAGUCGAUUCUUUAAGAAGUUGUUUAUACAGAGCACUUUUUGAUUUCAAUGGAGGGAAGUAUAGAGAGAUUAGGAAACAAAUAGAAGGGAAUGUCAUGGGUGUAAUAAAGCAAAGGAAUCAAAACAUGCAAGACAUCUAUCUCACGUAUAUAGAUAAUAACUAUGUACCAAAUGUAAUAAUUUUAGAGCAAGUCCUAAAAGGUGAGAAAUGUCCUAUGAGAAUUAAUCAAUAUGUAUUGUCAUAUCUUCUUAUUUUUCUCUCUGAACAUAUUCUCGGGCAUACGAAAGGAUGUGUCAACGCUAUCGACAUACUAUCACAGGCCAUUGACUGCGCUAAAAGGCACAAGUAUUACUUCGUUUAUUUGAAUUUUCUAGGGUACUGCUAUGCAUUACUUGGACACAAAGAUUCAGCCUUCAAAACGUUUUGCAAGUCAUUACAAACAUUUCCUUCGGUAACAAAUGCAGCAGUGUAUCAUAUGGCAUUUAUGGUGAAUGGAACAGUCUUAGUUUGUUGUAAUAAAUGAAUUCAUGCAUGACAGUCAUUUAUUCAUGCAGAUAUCAAGCGAUUGUAAAAAGUAUACUUGUACUUGUUAUCAGUGUUUUGAUAUGUUUGGUCCUUUAGAUCAAACCAUGCCUGCUAUUAUAUUGCUUGUUUGUGUUUUAUGCUUCCAAAGGAUUUUAUUCACAUAUUUGUGUUACUCAAACUCCAUUUAACAGUUUCCGCUGCUUUUAUUUUUAAAAGGAAUCACAGAACUUGGAAGAAUCUAUUCUACAAUGUGCAUUAAAACGAAAGUAUUUUAACAAAUCUUUUAUAUCAGCUGAAAAGUUGUUGUUUUUUUCUUCUAAAAAUGGUAUGUAUGCAACAAGGAUUCAAGAGCAUAACAACAAAUGUAUAUAACUAAUUUAACGAUAUCAAGAUUUUGACAUGGCUACGUAGAUAAAUGUCGAUCGAGGAUUUUAGUAUGGUUUUCGUGUGAACAUAAAUGGAUCUUCUUACAGAUUUUAUUUCGUGAUUUAUAUAAUGUUUUAUAUUUGGACCAGGAUCCUUGAAUACUUUUUGGAAAACAAAUUUGAUAAAAAUGUUAUGGUAUUUGAUAACAUUAAAUUCAUAUGUUCUGGUGGC